GGCGCUUUGGAGACUGCACUUUGAGGACAGUAAAUGGAUAGAAGUUCAUUGAAUAUGUACAAUACCUAAUAUAUUUAAUUAAUAACGUCCUCUUUUGAUACCGUACAAUGUCUGAAGAGGAAUUGACGGUGCCCGAAGAGCUUUUUAAAGAUGUUAAAUUCUACGUGGUUGGCGAUAUUGACCAAAAGGUUGUUCAACUUUUGAAAGCUGGGAAAGGAAAAGAAGUUUCCUACAAUGCUUUGGCAACUCACAUCAUUGCAGUAGAUGGUGACAAUCCUGAAGUCAGUGAAUCACGUGAAGUCUUUGAUUUGCCAGUUGUAAAGCCAUCUUGGGUGAUUCUUUCUGUGCGAUGUGGAGACUUGCUACCAGUCACAGGCUUCUCUCCAGAGUCAGGCCAGCUGUUCUUUGGAGUUACAGCAUGUCUGCCACGGCUCCCCGAAGAUCUCAACACUCUUUGGGCCUUGAUCACAUACCAUGGUGGAGACUGUCAGCUUUCACUCAACAAGAAGUGCACUCACUUGAUUGUCCCACAGCCCAAGGGGGAAAAGUAUGAGCGUGCAUUAAGGGAGAGCGGCAUCCUCAUAGUCACGCCAGAGUGGGUGGUGGACUCUGUGAAGGACAAAGCCCGUAAGGAUGAACUGGUUUACCACCCUCGCCUGGUCUGCCCAGAGGAGGACGAGGAGGAGGAGGAAGGCAGCGACUACGAGUACAGCCGCGGCUCACGCUCGGACGGCAGCUACAGCCCGCGCCGGUCCCCACGCAGCCGGCGCUCCAGCGGCGCCACGUCCCGCGACGCCUCCCCCGUGGCCAGACACCGCCGCCGGCCGGGCCCCCGCUGUCGCCGCCGCUCGUCCUCGCGCUCGCGCUCCCCGUCGCAGUCCCGCUCGCCCAGCCCCACCCACAAGCCCGAGCGCCGCAGCGAGCUCAUGUUCGACGACUCCGAUGACUCUUCCCCGGAGAAGGAGGGCAACCUGAGCUGGACACCGGCCGAGGUGCCCCAGCCCCCCGCCGCGGCCACUGCCAAGCGCCGCCUGCAGCCAGGCAAGGACUCGGGCCUCAUCAACCUGUGCGCCAGCGUGCCCAUGAUCCCUGGAGCCACAGGGGUGGGCGGCCCGGCGCUGCCCACGGAGGUGGCUGGGGGUGGAGGGGCAGGGACGGCGGACAGGCCGGAGGGUGUGCCCGGCUGGAGCCCUGCAGCCAGGACGCUGAGGAACAUUACCAACAGUGCCGACGUCCAGCAGCCCAACAGACCCUCCAAUGUCGCACAUAUUCUCCAGAGUCUCUCCGGCCCAGCAAAGCCCCUGGAGCAGCAGGCUCAUCCAGGCCAGCCUGGCGUGCCCAAUCAGAUGAUUUUUCCUCAGGCCAAGCCACCGGCGACACAGCAGCAGCUUACUGAAGCACAGCAACAUCUCCUGCAGCAGCAGCAGCAGCAGCAGCAGCAGCAGCAGCAGCAGCAACAACAACAACAACAGCAGCAACAAGGCCAUCAGCUGCAACAACCACAGCAACAACAUCACCCUCAGCAGAUGCCACCCCAACAACACCCAAUGAUGCACCUCCAGCCUCAAGUCAUGCAGUUACACCAUCAGCAGCAGCAACAACAACAACAACAAUUGCAGCAGCAGCAACCAGUUCCACCCCAAGGCUUUCCACAGAUGCCCCAGCAAACGCAUCCCUUUAUGCAGCAGCAGGCUCAUCCACAGCAGCAGCAGAUGCAUCCGCAACAGCAGCAGCAACAACUCUUCAAUCAGCAGCAGCAGCAUCCAUUCACUCAGCAGCAGCUGCGACCCCAGCAACUGCUACGCCCAUCCCUGCAGCAGCAGCUGCAACAACAGCAGCAGCACGCGCUGCAGAUGCAGCAGUUGCAGCAGCAGAGGUUGCAGCUGCAGCAUCAGCACCAACAACAACAACAGCAGCAACAGCAACAGCAGAAUCAGCAACAGCAAAUGCACCAGCAGCACUUGCAACAACAACAACAACAACAGCAGCAGCAGCAACAUUUCUUGCAGUUGCAGCAGCAGCAGCAGCAGCACAUGUUGCGGCAGCAACAGCAGCAGCAGCAUGUCCAGAAUCAGCAGGGCAUGCCGCAUCAGACGCAGCAGGGGCUGCCGCAUCAGACCCAGGCCUCCAUGCAGCCUGGGCCCCAUCCGCCUCAGCCUCACCAGCUGUUCGGUCAUGAGAAUGCACAAGACAUUCCUGAAGACGGCUUCUUGGUUGGAUGUGUCUUCGCCAUUGCUGACUAUCCAGAACAAAUGGCUGACAAGCAGCUUUUGACAACUUGGAAAAAAAUUAUUCAAAGUUAUGGUGGUACUGUGGACUCGUCCCUAAACAAUCGCUGCACACACCUGCUUUGUGAAAGCCAAGUCAGCAGCAUGUAUGUUCAGGCCUUAAGAGAGGGGAGGCGAUGCGUCACCAUCCACUGGCUCAACACCAUCCUGAAGAAGAAGAAGAUGGUCCCCCCACACAGAGCUCUCCACCUGCCCUUUGCCUUCCCGCCUGGAGCCAAGCCCUGCUCUCCGCACAUCAUCUCCGUAACGGGGUUUGUGGACACGGAUCGGGAUGAUCUGAAGCUCAUGGCCUACCUGGCGGGGGCCCGCUACACCGGCUACCUGUGCCGGAGCAACACUGUGCUCAUCUGCAAAGAGCCGGGUGGGCUGAAGUACGAGAAGGCCAAGGAGUGGCGGAUCCCGUGUGUGAAUGCCCAGUGGCUGUGCGACAUCCUAAUGGGGAACUUUGAGGCUCUGAGGCAGGUGCAGCACAGCAGGUAUACUCAGUUCAACCUGCAGGAGGCGCUCACGCCCAACCCACACCUGGUCCACAAUCUACUGGGUGCGUGGCGGACUCCUGUGAAGGUGGCACCAGACACUUUAGCGACACUACGUAUUCAGCUGAAACAGAAACAGGUGGAUGCCAGCCCUCAGCCGCCCUCUAAGAAACCCAGGCUUGAAGAGCUCCCAACGCCAACUAAGAAGCUUCCGCCAGAGUCCACACCGAGUGUGUUCUUCACUGGCUUUGAGCCUCUCCCAGUCCAGCAGCACAUUAAGAGGCUGUAUGAGCUGGGAGGAGAGGUGGCAGAAAGUGCUCAGAAGUGCACCCACCUGGUGGCCAACAAGGUGCUGCGGACGGUGAAGUUCCUCACGGCCAUCCCCGUGGUCAAGCACGUGGUGACCUCCGAGUGGCUGGAGGAGAGCUGGAAGAGCCAGAAGUUUGUGGACGAGCAGAAGUACAUGCUGCGGGACGCUGAGGCGGAGGUGUUGUUCAGCUUCAGCUUGGAGGAGUCUCUGAAGAGAGCCCACACAGCCCCACUCUUUAAGGGGAAGUAUUUCUACAUCACCCCUGGGAUCUGUCCGAGCCUCAGCACCAUGAAAGCCAUAGUGGAGAGCGCUGGAGGGAAGGUGCUGUCAAAGCAGCCCCCCUUCCGCAAAAUCAUGGAGCACAAGCAAAACAAAAAUCUACCAGAAAUUAUUCUUAUAUCCUGUGAGAACGAUUUGCAUCUUUGCAGAGAGUACUUCCUCAAGAAUAUUGAUGUACACAAUGCUGAAUUCAUCUUGACAGGGGUGUUAACACAGGCCUUGGACUAUGAAUCAUAUAAAUUCACGUGAUAGGGGGCCAACGAGGUUGGAGGAGAGAUGCUGAUCUCUGGGUUUAUCGACCUGCUGCAACAGAGGUCCCUGCAAGGGCACAUGAAGACACUGAUGAAUGGGCUAUCCUCUGAAAUCUUCUAUUGUACCAUAAAGUACUGUCCUUUUUGCAGUGUUUUGUAUCCUGUACACAGACCAGUUGUUACUGUGUUUUUUCCCAGGUUCUGCAGAAUAGCUAACAAUAAAUAGAUAUUUGUUAUUUUUAUGAUGUGUAAAUUAUGAAAUCGGUGAGUGUAUCAUUGUGUGUGUUGUUUUUUACUGUUGAUUUUUUUUUUUUUUUUUGGAAAUAAAUCCCUACUCACAUCUGUGAAAGAUGCUGCA